CCCUUUGUUUGUUCCCCGUGGGAAAUCCACUAUAUCUCUUUCUUAUUAUAUUCGUUAACGGAUGCAGUACAACUUUUUCCAGAUCAAUAUAUAAAUCCUUUCUACUCGAGAUCUCCGCGUUUAUAUAAUUACUUUUCAUACAUUUUUUUUUUAUCGAUCGAAAAGAAAAUUGCAUUUUUUCUUUCCCCCCCUCCCAUCACUAAGAUUUAAUUUCUCCUCUCUUCAAGAUAGAUUUCGAUUUUAAUUUGAACCGAGAUAACACCUUUCUACUGGAAAUCUUCGAUACUUUCACGCUUUUUAUCGCGUUUUACUCGCGAUAAAAUAAACAAACGACUCCUCGUUUACAAACAUAUCUCGCUGUAACGAGUAGUUGGUUCAUCGCUCCUUUUUCACUACCAACAACCACGCGAUGGAUCAACGCAAGGGAACGAUGAAUCGUGGUAUUUCAACAAGUCUGUCGAGGCGGAUCGGUAAAGCCUUGAACGGUAUCCGAACGGUAUUCUCCACAGGAGAACGUAAUUCCCAGACCAGACGAAUUCUCUCAGUUUGUCGCGUGUUCUCGUCGCGAUAGUACACCUAUUUGCUUUCUUUCGCGUUUCCAUCUCUCUCGUGAACGCGACCCGAACUCUUACUCGGUCGACGAAAGUCGAGUCCGACUGUCGUCCAAACACUGCUCGAAUUACCACCGAGUUGACCGAGUGUUUGGUAAAUAAGUAAUAAAAAAUAAUAGUUAAUGUCUCGCGUUUAUCUUGCAUCCGGGUGAAACUUAUUUCAACGGUUUGACCUUCAACAGCUUUUUCCAACCGUAUCGCGGGUGUUUAGAAAUUCGACCAAAUAAAUUCGGGAGAGUGAACAAAUUCGUAUUGAAGUAAUAUCCAAUUUUAACGCGUUUCGUCACGUUUUUUUACAUACGCUUAUAAAAAUUGAUUUGAGAAAACAAUUAUUAGAAAAAAAAAAUUAAUUAUAAUAAAAUAUAUAUGUAUUUAAGAUUUAUCAAAAGUAUCAACGUGGGAGCGGUUAACCGUUAGAUAGAAUCAGGAAAUGAAAAUGCGAGUCGGAUCGACUCUCCACCUUUUCAAUAUCUUGCUUCAAAUCCACCUCUGGACCACCACGAUCCACGUCGCUGCUGGCGGCGAGGAUAAACUUCGCGUGAUCUUCCAAUGGAAACAGCUCGAUUACGAAUGGCCGAGCAACGAAACCAAACUUCUCUUCCCAGGAUACAAACAGGAAGACAACCUUCCCCUCGGCCUCGAGAUCACGAGCACCAGGAUAUUUGUCACUGUGCCGAGAUGGAGGCGCGGUGUCGUUGCCAGUUUAAAUUAUUUUUACGUAAAUGAUACGCGGGAAUCUCCUACUUUGAUACCUUAUCCUUCUUUCGAGGCGCAUCAAUACGAAGCUGGAAGCGUGCCGGAGAUCAUUUCGCCGUUUCGAAUCCGGGUGGAUCGAUGCGAAAGAUUGUGGGUCCUCGAUACUGGAUUUACAGAUAUUUUGCAAAAUCCGGAACAAGAGGCGCCGCCUGCGUUGCUCAUUUACGAUUUAAAAAACGACCGAUUGUUACGAAAAUUCGUUAUCCCCGAGGAUCAAAAAACGCACGAUUCUCUUUUCGCGAAUAUCGCGCUCGAAGAUUACUCCUGCGAGGAUACCUUCGCUUAUCUGGGUGAUCUGGGUGGCCCCGGAUUGGUGGUCUACUCGUGGAAGUCGAGAAAAUCAUGGCUCGUCAAGCAUCGAUUCUUUCAACCCGAUCCGCAAAGCGAGGAAUUCAACGUGUCGGGAAUUUCGUUCCAAUGGACCGACGGUCUGUUCGGUAUGAGCAUCGCGCCAUCUAACGAUGGAUACAGCGUGAUGUAUUUCCAUCCACUUUCCAGCACCAUGGAAUAUUCGGUCAGUACCAAGAUAUUGAGAGAUUCCGAGCGCGCCAAUUCUCCAGACAACUUCAAAGAAUUUCGUGCUCUCGGAUCUCGAGGACACAAUGGUCAGAGUAGCGUCAGUUUUUUGGACCCGGACACCGGAGUUCUUUUCUACGCGUUGACCAAUUUAAACGCUAUUGCGUGUUGGAAACCUCGAAACAUGUUCACGCUUCACCAACAAGGUCUUAUUUAUCAAAACAGUAUCACGAUGGUUUUUCCUAACGAUUUAAAGAUCGAUCAAAAUGGAAAUAUUUGGGUACUUUCGGAUCGUUUGCCUACCUUCAUGUAUGCACGUUUGGAUCCCGAAGAUUAUAAUUUUAGAAUUCUUAUGGGAUCCGCCAAAGAGGCUAUAAGAGACACUGUUUGCUCCACGAAUCCAUCGGAAAAUAGUUCGACGACUACCGUUCCUUUGGAAAUGUUUAAAAAUUCUAGUUGCACGAACGAAAUUCGAUCGAUCUUCGUAUUUGCAAUUGCCUUAGCUGUUCUUCUCGCGAGAACGUCUAUUUGAAAAGUCUUACUUAAUUUAAAUCCUUUCAAUCACGAUUGAAUGUAUUUAUAUUUCAUAUAUUUUUCAAGAUUAUUUCCAAGUUUAAUUUUACGAGGAAUUUUCCGUAAAAUGUAAAUAUUCUAUUUCUAUUCGUUUAUGAUCUUUAUUAUACGUAAUAGUUUGUACAGUCGGCAAAGUAGGGUAUAUGAAUAUAACAGUUAUCCUAAUGCUCAUAAAUAACAUUGAAAAUAAAGCAAGAUAUUGUCAAAAGUAUGUAAUCUACUUUAUAUCAAUGCGAUGAAUAUUAUAUAUCCCAAAGAUGACUGAAAAAAGAAAAAAUAUUUAUAGAAAAUUUUUAAUUUCAUCGCAAUAAUCAUCAAAAAAUAUUAUUCAUUUGUAUAAGAAAUACAAUGCCGUGUUGAAAGGAUUAACAAAAUCUUAGUAAUGAUAUAACAAUUUCUUAGAGAUACGUGAAAAAAUAUAGUGUGCCUCGUGAUUCGAAAAUUUCGAAAAAGCCUCAAAAGUGUUCGAUUCUUCGAAAUUCCAGAGAAUCCUGAAAUUUUCGAACCAAAUAACGGAUUCAAGCAUCACUAAAUUUCUUGAAACGCCGAGAAUAUGUCUCGAACAUUGUGAAUAUACUUUCGCGUGAACAAGAAGAGAUUCAGAAUCGAGAUGUUAUUUUUGUCAAUGACGCGCAUAAUCGAGUUUCUUUCCAAUCUUGAAAAGAUUUGUAAAAUUAUAUCGGAUUGCAAAAAAAAAUUAUUGAAUUUUUUUUGAUUGUAUACGUUAUUUGACGAUUGUGAAAAGAAACUUGAACGAAUAGAUGACUGAUUAUUAGUUACAUAUAAAAUGAUUCAGAUGUUGAAAUAAUUGUAACGUCUAAUUUAGAUAAAUAUAUGUAUAUAAAUAUAUUGGACUUUAAUAAAAAAUGUCAUGUACAUAUACUUACAUUGUGUAAAAAUUGGAUCAAAGAUUACUGGAUCAAAGAUUAAAUAAAAUUUUUAAUUAAAAAUUUA